CUUGGUGGUUGGUGUUUUCUGUUCCCUGGGGCCACAGUGUUUUCAACGGGACUCAACUUACCACUUACUGGACUUGCCAUGGCCGCUUGACCCGAGUUGAAAUACCCCUCUGCGUUUUUUUUUUAUUUGCUCGAAACAUUUGCACAAACUUUUUAAAGACGAACUUCUGUCUUUUGUGUAGUUUUUAUGUCAAGAAAUAAGGAUGCAACCCCCACCGAGAAAGGUCCGGGUCACCCAGGAGCUGAAACACACUCAUGCAGAGCAGAUGAGCAGGUUACAUAUCAAACACCAGACAGAAUGUGACCUCCUGGAAGACCUGAGGACCUUCAGCCAAAAGAGAGCAGCUGUAGAGAGAGACUACGCCCAGGCCCUCCAGAAAUUGGCAAAUCAGUAUCUAAAGAAGGAAUGGCCAGAGAGCGUUUUAGAGGAACAAGCAGACCACAGGAAUAUGUACUGUGUGUGGAGGGCUUAUCUGGAGGGUACCAUCCAGGUCACCCAGUCUAGAAUCAGUGCCUGUGAUAACUACAAAAACCAGGUUGCUGAUCCAGCCAAGACUGCCAGACUACAGAAGGAGCAGCAGCUGAGGAAGUGUAUUGAACAGCUGACAGUGGUCCAAGCUGAGCUGCAGGAAUCUGUGAAGGAGCUGACCAAGAGCAGAAAGAAGUACCAGGAGGCCGAGACGAUGGCUCAGGCGGUCCGAGAGAAGGCAGAGCUCGAGGCCAAGUCUAAGCUCAGUCUCUUCCAGUCCAGAUCUAGUCUGCAGAGAGCAAGUGUAAAGCUGAAAGCAAAGAGGAGUGAGUGUAACUCUAAAGCCACCCAUAGCAGAAAUGACUACCUACUCAUGUUAGCAGCCGCUAAUGCUCACCAGCAGCGCUACUACGACACAGAUCUUCUGGACUGCAUCAAGGUGUUGGAUGGUAGAGUCUACGAGCAGGUCAAAGACUACCUGGUGUCACUUUGUCAGACUGAACUGGAAACCUACCAGGCCAUCCACAACACCUUCAACCAGCUCCUAAACAGCUCCAGUGGAGUACUGCAGGAGUUCCACCAGCAGCUGUUUGUGCAGAAGAAUCUUGUGUUCCAGCAUGGUCCGGACUUCCUCUAUCAGCCUGUUGAAUCAGAUACGGUGAUGCAGCUGCAGAGGGAGAGCGGCACAGCAGAGGAACACAGUUUGGAAAAGGAGGCGAGGAAAUGGUCGAGUCGCGUGGCCCGAGAAUACAAGAGCAUCAUCCACACUCAGCGGGCCCUGGAGGAAUACGGGAACCAGGAGACCUCAGAGCAGAACAACAGUGAACUGGAGACCAAGAUGGAGGUGGCUCGGCAGAGUCUUCGGAGGGCAGAGACGGUGAAAGUGAAAGCAGAGGCACGCCUGGAUUUGCUGAGACAGGCAGGUGUCGCUGUGGAAACAUGGCUUAAGAGCGCCAUGAACCAGGUGAUGGAGGAGCUGGAGAACGAACGCUGGAACAACCUCAGUACCCAUGAUCCUUCACUCUCUGGAACAGCCGAUCUGGAGCACGAGGACGAGGAGGAGAUGGAGGACAGUGGUGAGGUGUUGGACGACAGCAGCUCCAGUCCCUCCAGCACUUUGAGGAACUACCCUCUCACAUGCAAAGUGCUCUAUUCCUACAAGGCCUCUCAGCCAGAUGAACUGACCAUUGAGGAGCAGGAAAUCUUAGAGGUCAUCGAUGAUGGAGACAUGGAGGACUGGGUCAAAGCCAGGAACCGCAGUGGACAGGUGGGCUACGUCCCAGAGAAGUACCUGCAGCUGCCGUCCUCCAACAGCCUGCUGAGUAUGCUGCAGUCUCUGGCCGCGCUGGACGCCCGCUCCCACUCCUCCAGUAACUCCACCGAACCUGAAACCGACCUCCCCACCGGUUCUGUCAACGGAGACUCCAGUGCAGUGUCAUUUGCGAAGGCCCUGUACGACUACGCAGGACAAACAGACGAUGAGCUGUCCUUCCCAGAGGGCGCCAUCAUCCGCAUCCUGAGCAGAGAGACUCACGAGGACGACGGUUUCUGGGAGGGAGAGUUUAACGGCGUGGUUGGCGUCUUCCCAGCGGUCCUUGUGGAGGAUCUCACGGCUUCUAGUGAGAAUGGAGAUGGACAGAGAGACGGCAGUGCACAGGCCUCCCCCUCCUCUCUGGCUCAGUGCGACCGAUCCCCUCGAAGCCCCUUCAUCCCCGGCCCCCUCCACAGCAGCCCCCUGCAGACACCCACCAUGGCCUCUCCUCAGUCCAGCCCCUCCACAGCCUCUCCCAUUGGCCGACCACCAUCCUAUCACAACGGACACCACAGACCGCCGCCAGCUCCGCACAAAAGCCCCUUUCAGAGUCCAUCUCAAGGCUCACCUCAGCCCCCCAAAUACCCAGAGACUGGGUCUGGCACUAUUCGACCUGUCCGCGCUGCCCCUCCGCCUCCGAAGCAGCAUCCUCGGGGUCAGGUGAAGCGGAGGGAGGAGGUGGAGAUCACGCUGGUCUGAAGGCAACGCCCUGGAGGUGUCUGUGUUUAAACCGGCCAGGACGCGGUGGCUGUGCCUCUGAAGCACUCCCAAAGGAAAGCCAAGGAAACGACCACCUCCCGAAGGCCAGAGGGGGGCGCUACACUGAGUCCUCCAUGUCCUCACACAGCACCUCGAUGGUCAGUGAUGUGGACGAAUACUGUGCCUUUCAUUUCACCUCUCACUCCUUCUCUUUCAGUUGGUUCAUUGGUGCAUCUCUCACUUGAUGUGUGUUGAAAUUAGAUGAACAGGGCCAAUUUCCAGGCGUAGUUCAGCUUUUUAGUAAGUGGUUGUAUGGGCUGUGUGUCCAUGGUCAGAGUUUUACAACGGUAGAUACAGGUCAGUUUGUUGAAGUGACUGAGAACUGACUCAGAAGAUAAACAAUGCACUGCUGUUGACAGAGGCAGCACAAACACACCCAAAGAAUCACAUAAGGAAUAAUGCCACUACUUCCAAUGGGGCGCUGAAGCUCUACAGUGCCUCUUUAAAGCCUAUAAUAUUUAAGAUUAAGAUGUUUAUUGUCCCGACAGAGAUAUUUAUCUCUGACAGUAGUACCACGUUACGGCUGCAGUGGUGAACACAAGUAAUACACUGAACAAAAAUAUAAACGCACCACUUUUGUUUUUGCUCCCAUUUUUCAUGAGCUGAACUCAAACAUCUAAAACUUUUUCUGUGUACACACAAGGUUUAUUU